UGUGUACUCGAAAACUAAAAGUGUAAGGCACUAUUUAGAAGAUGGAGAGGAAGAACUUAAUAUUUGAGUAUUUAACUCAGCGACAGUUUAAUGGUUCUCGCGUUACUGCGCCAGUACCAGUUCUUCGUCAACGAUUUGCCACAGCAAGUAAUCUUUAUACAAGAGAUCUUUUUGCUCAUUAUGGCUGUGUGAACGCUAUUGAGUUUUCAUAUGAUGGUGAAUGGUUAGCUUCAGGUGGAGAUGACAGAAGGGUUUUGCUAUGGAAUGUGGAAAGAACAAUGACAGGAAAGAACAAACCUGAAACUAUGAAAGCAGAACACAACAGUAACAUAUUCUGCUUGUGCUUUGAUAUUAAACACACCAAACUUUUCUCUGCAGGAAAUGAUGAGCAAGUUGUUGUGCAUGAUCCACAUACGGGUUCAGCUCUAGAUAUUUUUUCCCACGAAGAUGCUGUUUAUGGGAUCUCGGUAGAACCGACAAAUGAUUGUGUUUUUGCAACUGCAUGUAAUGAUGGCCGUAUUCUCAUAUGGGAUUCAAGAGAAUCUAGCUCUUCAGAUCCUUUCAUGGUUGCUGGUUACAUGUCAGCUUUCCAUGCUGUGAUGUAUAAUCCAGUGGAACCAAGAUUAUUGGCUACUGCUAACUCUAAAGAAGGAAUUGGUUUAUGGGAUAUUAGAAAACCUCGAGUUGCCCUACUACAGUACGGUGGUAAGUUGUGUGCACAGGGUGCAAUGAGUGUUCGCUUCAAUAGUUCUGGUUCUCAGCUGAUUGCCCUGCGUCGUCGUCUCCCUCCUGUUCUUUAUAAUGUUCACUCCUCUUACCCUGUUGCUGAAUUUGAUCAUCCAGGAUACUAUAACUCUUGCACGAUGAAGAGCUGUAGCUUUGGUGGAGAUAGUGAUCAGUAUAUUCUCUCUGGGUCUGAUGACUUCAGAUUAUAUGUAUGGAAAAUACCUGAUAGCACAGGUCAUAACAAAAGUCUAUGGAAUAAUAAAGCUCAUAUGGUGCUUCGAGGUCACAGAUCAAUCGUAAACCAGGUACGCUACAACACCAUGAGAUCUUUGAUAGUAUCAUCUGGAGUGGAGAAAGUAAUCAAGUUGUGGAGUAUGUUUCCACUCCCUGACUGGUCAGGAAGUUUAAAUAGAAGUGGAAAUACUGAAUUUCGGAAGGUUUACUCUCGUGAAGAUUACAACAACCUGGCCCUUGAGAAUGGACAGUUCAUGACACAUGACUACAGUCAUCACUCGGUAAAGGAGGACCCACUCAUGAUUGCUUUCUUUGAUUCAUUGGUUCAACAAGAUAUUGAAAGUUGCUCAUCAGAUUCUAGUGACCAGCUCACAAACACAGAAUUGUUGCCUACUUGUUUGGAAGCUCAGUCCAGUAUGUUAAACUUUGAAAGUUCUGGCUCAUUAUCGUCAUCUUUGUCGUCAUCCUCAGAUGAGGAAAAGCAGAAGAGCCAUAAAAGGGAUGGAAGCUUUAGUCCUCAGAAUAAUUUUUACCUUAGUACAUUGGCCAGUAGAAUAAAAGGUAAUCAAAUCCUCUUGGAUGGUGAUAAUGAAGAACAAAAAAGUAAUGAUCCUGAUGCUACAACUGAUCCUAUUUCUGAAUUGAUAGCUAGAAAACGGCACAAGCAGAUCCUGCAAACUGCUAGGUCUUCCUUAAGAAGAACAACAAAAAAGGUUAGAAAUAUAAAUGAAGAUAAGAAGUGCUCCACUACAAAUAAUGCUUUGAAAUCCCAGCAGGAUUUUACCAGAACUUGUAUGGCUCUCGACUCUGUCCCUCAUGAUGAACAUAAAUUAUCAUGUAAGAAGGAUAACAGAAACACACUGAGAAAGAGAAGGGCCAGAAUUCUUCAAGACUUGUCAGAUAGUGUUUCCAGUUCUGAUUCAGAAGAAGAAAGAAUCCCAAAUAAUGGCAAUUUAUGUAACAACCCAUUUAAUGGCCCCAGUCAAAAGCCAACUUAUAGCAAGAGUCUUAAAGCAAUUGAAGUUAAAAACACUUUACCACAGACAUCUUAUUCAUUGCAGAAUAACUGUGUAGUUAGCAGUUGUAGUGCUUUAGAAAGUAACUUUUCUGAAGAACCAUCUGUGUCUAAAUUAGAUUCCGAUAUGGAAGCUUCAGAGUGUUCUUCCAAACAUUGUUUGGAAAUAUCUUCAUCCAAGACAAACUCAUCACUGUGCUCUUUUCAGAACAAUACACUAUCAACAGAAGUACCCCUUCAAGAACAUGGCAAGAAUCCCAGUAACCAAAAGUCCACAAAUUGUAAUUUACAGUCAGCUGUAGCUUUUAAAAGGAUUCAUCAAAAGGCUCACCUUUCCAGAAAAUAUCGCUCCAGACAGAGCCAGGAAGAUGAAAAUGGAGAGUAGUUUUUUAAAGCAUUAAAAAUUUUUCUGAAAAUGAUUUUAAUAACUUGUUUGAAUUUGUACAUGUUGUACAUAAUUUAUUCUCUCUUUAUUUGAAAUAACUCUUAAAAAGCAUUGUUUGUUUUGUGCAGAACUUUCAGUUUAAGUCUUAUGUAUUCUGUAUUAUUUUUCACAGAAAAUGCUCUUAGAAUUUUCCAUUAUGAUUUUUUAAGUUUGUGAGAAUCACUGCAAUUUGUUGAAGUUGCAGAGUUGCAACUUAUCCAAUAAUCACAUUAGCAGUGUACAACAAUGUUAAGAUCUUCAAUCCUUUCUAUUUGUGCACACAUUAUUUUCAUGGUUUUUAGUGUUUUCUAUGUUUUUCUUGCAAGAAACGUAGCUUUAUUUUUCUUUCAAAACAUUUUAUUUUCAUGCUGAUAACAUUUGAACUUUCUGCAUGUCUCAAUUCUCACAAUGUGGGUGAAAGCACAUUGAAAUUUUAGACAAUUUCAAUCCUGACCAUAUAGAUAAAAGCAUGUUGAAAUUGUACCCUAGAAGCGUAAAUAUAAUAACACAAAUUUUUCAUGUGUUUUAAAUUUGGUAGAGUAGAUAAAUGCACGUUUGAGCUAUACAUGUGCCUUAUGCAGGAGCAGUCUUAGUCAUUCUGGAGUCCCGAGCAGAAUUCAGUAAAUGGGGCUCCAUAAUGAUAAGAAAACUCAGGGCCGGCUCGAAUAUGUAUGAGUGGCUUGAGGAGCAAAAGAAGUGAGUCAUGAGAGGAACAAGUCACUUGCUCAGUGUAUUUAUGUUUUUCCAAGCUCAAUAUUGCUUUAAAAUUGCCAUAAAUAUCUUUUUUUUUAACCUCUCAUUGUAUAGAAUAAAGUAAGGUAAAGUAGUAUGCUAGUAAGGUAAAGUAUGAAUGCUGUAUAUAAGAAUAAGAACGGCGUGUCAACGAAACGUUUAUUUUUAGAUGAUAAAGGUUAAGGUUGGUAAUUAUUAAAAAAAGAACAAUAUGUACUAGAUAUGUAUACAUACAUUCAUAUGAUUUAUUAUAUAUAUAUAUAUAUAUGUAUUUGGCUGAUCAUUUAUGGAACUAUACAAUAGUAAAAUCUAUAUACUACCAUGCUUUAAAAUAUGCUGCAAGCAAAGUGCUGUAAAUGAAGUUGAGCUCACAAUCGAACUCAUCUGGUUUUGGCCUCUGAAGAGCUGGAAAUAAUGUUGUCUGUGUCUAGAUGUCGACAGACUCGCUGCUCAUUGGAGAUCUGAGCUAAUCUUGUCAAGCGCUCUUGUGACAUUGUUGAUCUGAGAUAUGUAUUUAUCAACUUCAGAUAGCAGAAGCUUCUCUCACCUGAUGCAACAGGGAUGGGCACUGUGAGUAAAAGUCAUAGGGCGAUGCUUAAAUUCGCAUAAAUGUCUAAAGGAUUUUCUCAAUAUAUAUAACUGAGCAUUAUUGCCUGAGACGUAACAUCAUCGAGAAAAGCAGUGGUAGCAGCUUUCACCUCUGAUGCUAAAUCGGCAGCAUCAACAUUCUUAACUUUUUGUUCCAUUUUCUGGCAACAGUCCUCCAGAGUGUAAUCUUUUACAGACUUCCUUAUGUUGUCAGCAGAGAAAAGAAACCCAAACAGUGCAAAAAAUGGCCGCAAUUGACCGAAUCUACCAUUAAUGCUGGAAAGUGCAGUGUUUACUAGAGGAAGGAAAAAUUUCUGACUGAAACGUUUCUCUGGGGUGUCUUGUAUUUCUUUGUUCCUCUCCUAUAGAAACUGCUGUUCACUUUGUCUUACCUCUGGGAACGUGGUUUCAACUUCCAGUUUCUCUGCAAUUUCCCUUGCAUCUCUUAGCAGAUGAAAGGCCACUGUCUAGGUCCUGUUGGAGAAAUUUUCGAACAUAAUUCUUCUCACGUUACAGUGUUUAAGUUGAGAUAUUGGGGCUCUGUGUCAUUUUGCUGACACGAUUUACUUGGUACAACACAUUGUGCCAAAUAAUGACAGAAUAAAGUGCCAUGAUUUGAUUUACUUAGACAAUCUGAGUGCUGUAGAUGCUGUCUUACUGUCUUUUUUUUUUCUCAACAGCAUAUUCUGUUAAUGCAUCCAAGGCUUUAUUAUCUCUGGCAGCUGAUAAUGCAUGACAUUAACACUCCCAUCUUGUGGUGGAGAGGCCCUUCACAGUUAGUUGUUUCACAUGUUUUUGAAGGAUUAACCAGCACUUAGCAGAGGACCUGAAAAUAUUGUAAAGCCACUAUAAAACUCCAAAGAAACUGACUGAGAGUACAGAAAACUUGGCUUCAUCACUUAUAACAAGGUUGAGGUUAUGACUACUGCAAGGUACAUACAUGGCCUGUUCAUUUAAAUCAAGCAACCUUUUCUGCACACCUUGUUUUUGCCCAUGCAAGUUUACUUCCAUUGUCAUACGCUUGACCUCUGCAGUCGACAAUGUCCAAUUUUAAUUGAAUCAGAUAUCGAAGGAGACUAUUGCAUAGUCUUUUUUCCAUAGUGUCGUCAACUUUAAGGAAGCCAACGAAAUGCUUCGAUGUAGAAAUACCCACAGAUAUAUGACAAUCAACAAUGUGCAACACCACCAGCAACUGUUCUUGAUGACUAAGGUCUGGGGUGCAAUCCAUGAUGAUAGCAUAGUACUUUUAACUUUGUCAACAAAUGCAUUUAGUGUUUUCAGUCCGAUCAGCAUAAUGAUUUCAUUCUGGAUAUGUUUACCCAAGUACUGGUCUUUUAUUUCCUCAUUUUUCAUUCUCCUUAAAUAUUCAUUCAUAACCGGAUCAAACUUAAUUCGAUCUGUCCUAGGAUGUUUCCAUCAUGGGGAUCGUGUAUCUUUUUUGUAUCUUAGGAUGCAUUCAGCUAAAUGACACACUAUUGCAACAGUUCUCUUUAGUACUGACUUCCAGUAUUUCUGCUCAAGUGCCUGCAGUUCCUGGUGAGCAUUCUCGAUUGAUGUUCCUGUAUUCAACUCUGUAUUCAAUUGAUGCCAGUUCUCCAUGUUUGCUAGAUGUAUGCUUGAAUGUUCAUGUUCUUUCAAAUAGUGAGCAAGAUGCUUCCAUGCUCGAAAGCCCCCCUUGGAGAAACUAUUUUCUCUUGUUCCAAAAAGUGUACAGCAAAAACAAAAACAUUUCUUUUGAGUUGCCUAAAUUUCUAAAGUUUGGGAAUGUGCUGAAGAGAACAGUUGUGUUUAUUCAUGUUAUUAAUUCUGCCCCUUUAAAAUAAAUGCACGUUUGGGUUAUAUAAUUGUUUCAAGUCUGUCAAAGUGUAUAAAUGUAUAUGUGCAUGGAAUGUGGCAAAGUUGAUAACAGCACAUAUGAUUGAUAGGUUUGCCAUAAACUUCUUACAAAUCUUUAAUUUAAAAAAUAGUAAGUUGUUGGUUACAAGUUACUAGACACUAUUAGUGAUUCAGUUAACAGUGCUUCCUUCCUUCACCAUUUUGUUUAUCAGUUAUCCUAUACAUGUAAAUAUUAAUAAUGUGUACAGUUAAUUUGUAGAAUAUGGAAAGAAAUGAGUAAAAUAUUGAAAUGUAAGGUAUAGAGUAAUUUAAUGACAUAUGUUUAUAAUUCUCAGUUUUCCUUUUUUAGAUUUAAAUUUUUUUAUGCAGUUGAACUGCAUUAAGUUUAUAUAAAAUCUAUAUGUACUGUUAAGUUAAUUUACAAAAACAAACUAAAAGGAACUUUUCUACCAUUAUGCUGGUUAUAAAAUGUGUGUGAUUGUGAAGAAGUGAUAAAAUUGGAAUUUGUGCAAUGUACAUUUUUUGUGUUGUGGCAUUUUUGGGUAUUUAACACAAUUCAGUAAUCAAAUUAUCCCGCUAAUUUGGACAUUUUACUUUUUGUUUUCAAAGUCUUGACCACAGUAUUUCAUUUCAGUGGAUAAAGUACAAAAUGAUUAAUGUACAACAAUAUUAAGAUUUUUAGUCGUUUCCAUGUACACAUUUAAAUUGUUUCAAUAAAUAUUUGUUCUUAUGUUUGUGAAAGAAAUAUAAUUUCCAUUCUUGUUGAUAACAGUAUUGAAUAUUUGGAUGUCUGUAGAUCUAUUAUUCUUGAGAUAUCUUUUUUUACUUGCCUGACUUGUACUUUCAGGCAGUGAAUCACCAGUUCUUUGGAUAGGACUGAAAUGUACAUAGUUAUUGUAAAUAGUUUUCAUACAAUAAAGAAUUGGGAAAAAAA